AUGCUGCGACAAGCCUGCCCAAACUUUCUCAAAGUUGAGGGAACACGGUGCUUUGGUUUAAGGUUCAACUCGAGCCUACGGACACCACUGCAAGAAUAUGAACGUUUGGUACGAGCCGGUAGACUGAGCGAUGACCCGUUGCAAAGAGGCGUAAUCAGCUCUCUAGGCGGAUUGCACCAGUCGCUAGUAGAGUACAAGCCCUUCAAAAUCAAAGAUCCCAAUCCAUUGGCUCAAGUGGGUUGGCGAAACUCGAAAUUGGGCCGACUGCUGUUGCGACCAAAAUAUUCUACUGAGGGCAUUCCGAAGGGCAUCUACCUCUACGGUGACGUGGGGUGCGGCAAGACUAUGCUGAUGGAUCUGUUUUAUUCUACAGUUCCUCCCCAUCUGACCAAGAGACGGAUGCAUUUCCACCAGUUCAUGCAGUACGUGCAUAGAAGGGCACACGAGCUUCUGAACGAGCUCAACUUGGACGCUUUGGCUGACGCUAAACACAAGGAUAUAGACACGAUCCCGUUUCUCGCCACGGAAAUUGCUCGCCAAUCCAGAGUCUUGUGUUUUGAUGAGUUUCAAGUUACCGAUGUUGCCGAUGCCAUGAUUUUACGGCGCUUGCUCACCGCUCUUCUUUCCAGGAAGUACGGUGUGGUGCUUUUUACUACCAGCAACCGGAAGCCGGACGAUUUAUAUCUCAAUGGAAUCCAGCGCGAGUCUUUCGUUCCAUGUAUCGAGCUACUGAAAGAGAGAACCGAAGUUGUGAACUUGAACUCGCAAACAGAUUACCGCAAAGUUAGCAGACCGCAUUCUGCAGUCUAUUACGCCCCCAAGAACGGUAUAGCGUACAUGUCGCAGGAGUGUCAACAAGCUCGCCAACAGCAUGUCGAACAAUGGUACAAAUUCUUUUCUCAGAUGGGGCCGCAUGGCCAAGCCACUUCGACCGCAGACACAACUGCUCAUGAGACGCUCACAGACUUCAAACUGAGAGUCUGGGGCCGGGAGCUAAACGUGCCCAAGUGUACGCCAGAACGAGUGGCUCAAUUCACAUUCAAACAACUUUGCGGGGAACCAUUAGCAGCUGGCGAUUAUCUCGCACUAGCCAGCUAUUUCAAGUGCUUUGUAAUAACGGAUAUACCGUACCUUUCAAUACACGUCCGGGAUGAGGUAAGAAGGUUUAUCACGUUCCUUGAUGCUGUGUAUGAUAAUGGCGGUAAGCUCGCAACCACUGCGGCCGCAGAAUUCCAGACUCUUUUCGUUGAGCCAGAAACUAUCCUCAACAACUACCAACUGAAGGCCUCACAAAGCAAACUAGAGUCUGACAAAGCUUCGGCAAACUUCUUCAAAGUUGAUGAAGAACGUUUUGCGUUUGCUAGAGCCCUCAGCAGGCUCUCGCAGAUGAGCACCUCGGACUGGGUUGAAAAGUAA